ACAAGAGUCUUUUUCAUCUUAUUCCUUCAUUCGUUGUUACAGACGGUUAAGUAUAUCUUCACCGUUCACCCCGGCCCCUACCAUCAUAUAUAUCAUUGCUAAACAUCUAACUCCAAAUUAAAGAGAGCAUAGUAGCUAAGCUAGAAACGGAUCGGAGAUGGCAGAGGAACGUUACUACCCCAAUGAAAUGGCAGCUUUCAUCCCUGAGACCACUACACUUGUCCAAGAAAUAGCGCCCCAUGGGACUAAAGACUCGCUGGCAAAGCUUCUAUCUCUUCCUCACAACACUAUCUCUAAAAGGCUUAAACAGGAUGCUCUCACCCUCAAAGAUGAAGUUGUGAGGGAGACAUGGGGAGCUAGAGGAAGAAGGGUGACGGACUACACCCUCUACACCGGCGCUCUGGGUACUGCUUUCUUGCUCCUCAAGGCUUACCAAGUUACUGCCAAUAACGAUGACCUUUCUCUUUGCCUUGAAAUCAUCAAGGCUUGUGAUACUGCUGCGUCUCAUGCUUCUGGACCGGUUACAUUCUUAUGUGGGCAGGCUGGUAUAUACGCUCUUGGUGCGGUUGCUGCCAAGCACUGUGGCGAUAAUGAGUUGCUUGAUCAUUAUCUAACAAAAUUCAAGGAGAUUAAGCUUCCGGUAGAUCUCCGGGAUGAAUUGUUGUAUGGAAGAGCAGGGUAUUUGUGGGCAUGUUCUUUCUUGAACAAGAAUCUUGGUAAAGGCACUGUGUCCUCUUCUCACAUGAGGGCAAUAGCCAACGAGGUUAUCAAGUCCGGAAGAAAACUGUCAAAACUGGAAAACCUGAAAUCGCCUUUGAUGUAUGAAUGGCAAGGAAGGAGAUACUGGGGAGCAGCCCACGGGCUUGCUGGAAUCAUGUAUGCAUUAAUGGACGUGGAACUCAAGCCUGAUGAACAAGAAGACGUCAAGGCCACGCUGCGUUACAUGAUCAAGAAUCGGUUUCCUAGUGGAAACUAUACUGCAGCUGAGGGUGACGACGAAGCAGAUAAUCUUGUUCACUGGUGCCAUGGCGCUCCUGGCAUUGCCUUAACCCUCACUAAAGCAGCAAAGGUUUUUGACAGUGAAGAGUUUGUGCAAGCAGCAGUGGAUGCAGGGGAGGUGGUGUGGAAGAGAGGGUUACUGAAGCGAGUUGGGAUAUGCCAUGGCAUCAGUGGAAAUGCUUAUGUGUUUCUUUCGCUUUACCGGUUGACAGGGAAAGAGGAAUACUUGUAUAGGGCAAAGGCAUUUGCUUGUUUCCUGCACGACAGAGCUCAUACACUUAUAUCAGACGGCAUUAUGCACCGAGGUGAUCACCCUUUCUCGCUGUUUGAGGGCAUUGGAGGAAUGUCUUAUCUCUUCCUAGACCUUGCCGAGCCUUCCAAGGCUUUGUUUCCAGCUUAUGAGCUUUAAGGUUUGUGUCAAUAUAGUAUGUAUGUUGCAAGGUGCCAUGACUGUAUGUCUUGCUAAAACUCUUCUUGGGUUCUUAGAGGUGUAUCAAUUAUGGAUUAUGAGUUUUGAAGUCGUGAAAUAAAUGGCAUGUAUGUAGUGUUUUGGAAUGGAUAUGUAUUGCUUUGUACAAAUGAUAUACAUGUUACUCUGUGAA